UAUGAGUUGGAAUUGACUCAAUGGCAGUGGGAGAAAUCUUCGUGGAAGGAAGCAGACUGCCACAUCUUUCUCCUGUGCAGUGGCUGGUGGGUUCAGACCAUCAGCCUUUUGGUUAGCAGCCGAGGGUGCUUAGCCACUGCAGCACCAGGGCUUCUUCUUGUACUUGGUACAUUAUAUACACUUCCAUUUAAUUCUUACAACCACCUGCAGUUAACAUCUCAGUUGGACACAGGAGGAAGCUGAAGCUCAGAGAGGUUAAGGAACUGUCCUAAGCACAUACAGCUGGGAAGGGGCAGAGCCAAGAAUGAAACUCUCAGGGUAUUAGGACUGAAUGAAAACUGCUCUUUUCCAACAGCACUACCCUGUGUCCCAGUUAUCUGGUUAAACUCAAUGGCUCUGUAAAGCCAGUUGUGACUACAUUUUACAAAGGCAAAAAGGGGUGGUGGUUAAGUAUUAGAUGGAUGCCGACCUAUUCAGAAAUAGGAAACCUGUUGGCGUGAGACCUCCAGGGGUGUAAUACUUUAUCCUUGUGCUCCGUGGGGAAAAAGAAAAAAGAACUAAAACUGUUGCACUUGAUUCAAUAUAUCUAAAGUUAUGCAUAAGUAAAAAUUUGUAAAUUGAGUUAGGAGAGUUUCUCACUUAGAGUUAUAGUAAAUUUUUAUUUUUUAAUAAUUCAUUUUUAUUUUUUGUUGUUUGAAAUAUACAUAGCAGAACAUACACCAAUUUAAGAAUUUCUACAUGUACAAUUCAGUGGCAUUGAUUACAUUCUUCAAGUUGUGCAAACAUUCUCACUCUCCUUUUCCAAAUUGUUCCUUCCCCUUUAACAUAAACUCACUGCCCACUUUGUUCCUUAUCUAAUCUUUGGAGAUGCUGUUGUCAAUUUUGUCCCAUGUAGACAGAUCUUAAAAGAGCACAAUGCUCAAGGCUGACAUUCUUCACUAGUUAAGCUAGACUAUUGUCUGUUCUUAAGAAGACUUCAGGGGAUUUUUUGGUUUAAGGGUUAAAGGUUAUCUCAGGCCAAUAGUUUUGGGGGUUCAUCCAGCCUCUCCGGCUCCAAACCAUGUUGACUGUUCUUUAAAGAGCACAAUGUUCGAGGCAGACUUUCUUUAUUAAUCAAGCUAUUGUUUGGUCUAAAGGAGUCUUCAGAGGAUAUUUUUUGGUUUAAGGUUUAAAGAUUAUCUCAGGGCAAUCAUUUUGGUGUUUGUCCAGCCUCAAUGGCUCCAGAAAGUUAUAGUGAAUUUUUAAAAGCCAAUAAUUCCUUUCUUGUUUUUAAUUUUCGUUUUGCCCCUGGUAUAGCAGGUAUUGGUUAUACUGUGAGGUUUCAGGCUCAUUAACUAGUUUGUCAUUUCUCCAACAUGUAUUUGAAUAUUGUGCUGUUUCAGCAUUUUCCAAGCUCCAGCUAUUUGCGUACACCUUCAUUGUCUUCAUCACAUCUGUGUUCUACCUGUAUUAUUAUUAUUUACUUAAUAUUUUUCUAUAAAUCAUUCACAUUUUUUACUCAAGUAGAUUUAUUUUUAAAAAGAAACUUUAUAUCACUAAGUGUGAAAUAAGUAAAAUUAACAAUAAAGAAAAGUGAUUAAAUUCUAGCUAAUACAAAACCAAAAAAAAAAAAAAUUCCAUUGCCAUUGGGUCGAUUCUAACUGUGAGCAAUCCUAAAGGACAGAGUACAACUGCCUCAUAGGAUUUCCAAGGCUAAGCAGACUGCCACAUCUUCCUCCUGUGGAGGGGCUGGUGGCUUUGAACCACGGGCCUAACGGUUAGUGGCCAAGUGCUUUAACCACUGCACCACCAGGGCUCUGUAGAAUAGUGUGGAAGACACUCUGAUGAGACUCAGGCUGUAUCUUUCUAACCACAAGAAUUGAAAGAGGGCUAAUUUUCUCACGGAGUGACUCAAUGUUGUUUAACAAUAUUUCUGUGUACUAUUGAAAAUCUUCUUACUACCCACAGAAUAUCGUUAACCCAUAUAGUUUUCACAAUGAACUCAGAAAGUAUUCAUCAAAGCAGAAAAGUCUUUAAAAGCAAAUGACAUCUACUCUCUCCUGAUCUGGCCAAAUUAAUAAACUUGGUUAUAUUUCCAGGUUAAAGAGGGAAUGAUGGACAAUAGAAGCCAUUCUAAUCUGCCAGACAAACUGCCUGUCUUCUCUGAUUCUGCCCACUUGCCACUGACCCGGUCCUUCUAUCUGGACCCUAUGGUCACUUUCCACCUGUACCCUGAGGCCCCAGUGCCAUCCCCUUACUCUGAAGAGCUGCCAUUGCUGCCUUUUUCCAGUGACUCCAUGAUCAUGGAAAAUUAUGGUGAACCCUGCCCCUUCUCCUUCCCAAUGCCUUAUCAGAAUUACAGAAGGUGUGAAUACUCCUACGGGCCCGCCUUUAUCCGGAAAAGGAAUGAGCGAGAAAGGCAGCGGGUGAAGUGUGUCAACGAAGGUUAUGCCCAGCUCCGCCAUCAUCUGCCAGAGGAGUAUUUGGAGAAAAGACUCAGCAAAGUGGAAACCCUCAGGGCUGCAAUCAAGUACAUUAAUUACCUGCAGUCUCUUCUGUGCCCUGAAAAGUUUGAGAGCAAGAAUAACCCUGGGAAAGGGCUCUCCAUAAUGGCAACCAGCGGCCGCCACACUGACCCCAUUUUUAGAAUCGUUUGACUCAGUGUUUCCAAAUGGAAACAAAUAUUUUCACAAAAUGGGGUCUCUUACAGCAUCAUUCAAUAGUUUUUCCUAAAUGUAAUUUCUGUGUGAGCAGAUAGUUCAGAUGAUAAUCUAUGGUGGCUGUUGCUUACCUGGAUUACGGGUUUUAUACAUUACCUUACGUAGAUUGAGAAGAUGUGUCUUAAGUUUUAGUCAUCUCUUUCAAGAGUUUUACACGGGGUAAAGGGCCCAGUGUUCUCUGCCCCUCCCACCCUGUCCUUCUUACACACUUGGCCAGAGUCUCAGCUGUGAGAAGCUCUCACAAAAGCACUGUAAAUUAUGACUAAUGACUACUCAAUGUUUGUCAUGCACUUUGCAGAUGCUUCACACUGAGCGAUUACAAUGAACCUCCCUUGAUUUGUCGAAGUUUGAUGGUUUUUAUGAUUUGGGGUUAACAUGAAGUCUAUACCUUACUCAUGUCUUGAUGGGAAAGCAUCUUUGAGAGAAAGCAAAAAUUCUUCACAAAGUUUUGUUGUUAUUUGAAAAUGUCUCAGAGUCAAAUUUUUACUGCAUGCAGAAGACUUCCGCAGACAGCUUAGUGUAGGGGUUAAGAAGGCAGGCUCUGCAAUUAAACUGUCUUGGUUUAAAUUAUGACUCUGCUACCUCCUCUCUAUGUCUUGGUUCCUCAUCCACAAAAUGAGAGUGAUAAUAACAGCAAAUACCCCAUUGUUUAUUAUGAGGAUUAAUAGUACUUGACACAUAAGUAUUCAUAACCAUUAUUUAUUAUUACCCUUAUCUUUUUCUGUCCAUAACAUCACCAUUCUCCAGGUCCUCUAGGCCAGAAGACUUACAGCUGCCAGGCUUUUCCUUCUCACCUGGGAAGGUUGGUCACUGCCCCGUAUCUUGGAGUCUGCCUUCAGGAUGUCUGUUUCCAAGGCCAGCUUCAGCU